GUUCAGGGCGAAUAUAAACAUUUUGUACUUCCCCAGCCACCGUACUUGUGGUGUCAGUGUUUACUUGCUGUGUUAGGCACUAGAUUCGGUGAAGAAAUGGCGGAAUAUUCCCAUGUUAAAUCAACCAAAUUGGUUUUGAAAGGUCUUAACAAAGGGAAAAAGAAGAAGCACAAAGAUAAGAAGAGAAAGGCAUCAGAUGAGGAAGAAAAACCUGAUAUAGUUGGUGGGUGGUGGUCCAUCAGUGGCUUUGGGGAAAUUACUGGAACAGUUGCCAUAGAGAUGCAGAACAACUCAUACAUCCAUGCCCUGGACACUGGACUCUUCACUCUCGGUGCACCACACAAAGAUGAUGAAGGACCAGACCCUCCAGAGCAGUUUACUGCCAUCAAGGUCUCAGACUCACGUGUAGCCUUGAAGUCUGGAUAUGGAAAGUACCUCGGUAUCAACUCUGAGGGUUUGGUGGUGGGACGUUCUGAUGCCAUUGGCUCCAGGGAACAAUGGGAACCAGUCUUUCAAGAUGGCAAAAUGGCUCUCAUGGCAGCAAAUAGCUGUUUCAUCUCCUACAGUGACAGUGGGGACAUUGUGGCCAAGAGCAAGACAGCAGGGGAUGACGAGAUGGUGAAGAUCAGAUCGAGUGCAGAACGAGAGGUCAGGCGUAAAGAUGACAUUGCAGAUGAGGACAGGGGCAACGUGAAGUCCUGCGAGAUCAAUUAUGUGAAGAAGUUUCAAAGCUUUCAAGAUCGGCGGCUCAGGGUUAAUGAGGACACUACUUCCACAUUAAAGAAAGCCAGAAUGGAUGGGAAGUUUCAUGAAGCUUUGCUUGACAGGAGAAGCAAAAUGAAAGCAGACAGGUACUGCAAAUGAAGACUCAACUUUGCAGAUUGCUGCCACGUCUUUGUAAAUGUCAUCAUUUUGUAGAUUUGGCCUUUUAAUCUCACAGUAGCUGUUUCUUUUUAUAUUUUUAAUAAACAUUACAUGGUCAAAUCCA